AUGAAUACUCAAAAUACCGCUGAACUUACCGCUUCAGAAAACUCUUCUCUUGAAACCUCUAUUCACGCUCCAGCUUCUGGUUUCAUUUCUUCUCAUUCUCCUGCAGAUCCCUCUUCUACUACUAGAGCUCCUUCGAUAGGGGACAAGCUAACACUAAAUGAGGCUAGGGGUUUAUGUGCUCGUAGUGAUCCCCAAGCUGAUCCAUAUGGAAGGGAAGGCCAGGUUCCCGUUGGAAAUGACACAUAUCUCCUAUGCCAUGUCACUUACUUAGUAAUUGUUAUUGAAUACUAUAUGAGUCCAUUUACCAUAGAUCCUAUGAUGGCCACAUGGGUGUCCUGGGGUGUCUUAACGUUGGCGUCAGGUGAAAUUCUUACUUCUUAUGCACAGUUGAAGAUGUGA